CCCAACUGUUUUCAAAUAAAAGCGCAAAAGAAAAACCCAAAUUCCUUGCAUUUCUUCGAUACAAACCAAGUUCCCUCUCCCUCGCUCUCUUCUUCCUUCGACUACGCUUCUUGCCAUUUUCGCCAAAUCCAGCGGCGAUUUCUUCAACGUCUUUAACUCAGCCUCCCUGUUCCUGUCACUUUUUUACCUCAAAAGCAGACUUCUUUCCAUCAACAAUACUCUCUGAAAAUUUCAGUUUUCUCUCCCCAAUGGCUCAAGUGGUGGCCACCAGAUCGAUUCACGGUUCGUUGCUGUGCCCUAACUCUGGAUCCCUACAACAACGAGUGGAUAAGCUGAAGCCUUUAAGUUUUGCUGCAAAAAUAUUAGCAAACGAGGAGAGCAAGAGGGAGAAGAAUGGCCUCAAGAUCUCUCCAAGAAAUACUCACAUAGCGGCUGCUAAUAGAUCCUUGCGUGCUGAGCCUCAGGUUAUUCCCGUCUCGCCUGAGGACGUGCCGCAGAGAGAAGAGCAAGUUCUGCAUUUACAGCAUUUAGGCGACACAUCAGUGGGUGUGUGGUCCAAGCCCACAGUUAGGCGCAAGACAAAGAUUGUUUGCACCAUCGGUCCUUCAACAAACACAAGGGAGAUGAUAUGGAAGCUGGCUGAGGCUGGAAUGAAUGUCGCUCGAUUGAAUAUGUCUCAUGGAGACCAUGCAUCUCAUCAGAAAGUUAUUGAUUUGGUUAAAGAAUAUAAUGCACAGUCCAAAGACAAUGUAAUUGCAAUCAUGCUUGACACUAAGGGUCCUGAAGUUAGGAGUGGUGACUUGCCUCAACCAAUCAUGUUAACACCUGGACAGGAAUUUACUUUUACAAUUCGUAGGGGGGUGGGCACUGCUGAUUGUGUCAGUGUUAACUAUGAUGAUUUUGUUAAUGAUGUAGAAGUUGGUGACAUGCUUCUUGUUGAUGGUGGUAUGAUGUCUCUGUUGGUGAAGUCCAAGACAGAUUACUCUGUGAAAUGUGAAGUUGUUGAUGGAGGAGAACUUAAGUCUAGGCGCCAUCUAAAUGUUAGAGGAAAAAGCGCAACACUGCCAUCCAUCACUGAAAAGGACUGGGAUGACAUCAAAUUUGGGGUGGAGAACAAAGUUGACUUCUAUGCAGUUUCGUUUGUUAAAGAUGCACAAGUAGUUCAUGAAUUGAAGAAUUACCUUCAAAGCUGCGAUGCAGAUAUACAUGUGAUUGUAAAGAUUGAAAGUGCAGAUUCUAUCCCAAAUCUGCAUUCGAUAAUCACAGCUUCUGAUGGGGCAAUGGUUGCAAGAGGAGACCUGGGGGCAGAGCUCCCCAUUGAGGAGGUCCCACUUUUGCAGGAAGAAAUAAUCAGAUUGUGCCGGAGCAUGGGGAAGGCUGUUAUUGUGGCGACAAAUAUGCUAGAAAGCAUGAUUGUUCAUCCAACUCCAACCAGAGCAGAGGUGUCUGAUAUUGCCAUUGCAGUUCGUGAGGGUGCUGAUGCAGUAAUGCUUUCUGGAGAAACUGCUCAUGGAAAAUUCCCAUUGAAAGCUGUGAAAGUUAUGCACACUGUUGCAUUACGAACUGAAGCAACCAUAGCUGGUGGUGUAAUGCCACCAAAUCUUGGUCAAGCGUUCAAGAAUCACAUGAGUGAGAUGUUUGCAUACCAUGCAACUAUGAUGUCAAACACUCUUGGAACUUCAAUUGUUGUCUUCACCAGGACUGGCUUCAUGGCUAUAUUACUAAGCCACUAUCGACCUUCUGGCACUAUUUUUGCCUUCACAAAUGACAAGAGAAUACAACAGAGACUGGCUUUAUACCAAGGAGUAUGUGCUGUGUACAUGCAGUUUUCAGAUGAUGCCGAAGAAACCUUCGCAAAUGCCUUGUCAGUGCUCAAGAAUCAAGGAAUGGUAAAGGAAGGAGAGGAAGUUGCACUGGUACAGAGUGGCAGACAACCAAUCUGGCGGUUCCAAUCUACACACAAUAUUCAGGUCCGAAAAGUGUAGAAGAAGAAAGAUAAUGAGCCAAUUAUGGCUUCUCGGAAUGGAGUUUUUACCCGAGCACUAUGGAUUUGAAGAGCUUAGCUGGUUAAAUUCUUUGUGGUUUAGCUUGCCUUUUCUUUUUCCCUGAUUGUUCACGCAAGUGUUAUAUUGUGCUUUAGAACAAGAAGCAGUUGAAUGAAAUUUUUUCCCAA